UUAGUAAGCCCUUUUGCUCACAGUUGUUUCUGUCAAACAGACGGCAGUUUUUACGCCUAAGUUCGGCUCUGUGACCAACGUCCGCGUCAACAGCUGCAUGACGACAGCACAGGUCAUGCGGUUGCUGCUCAACAAGUUCAAGAUUGAGAACAGCCCGGAUGAAUUCAGCCUUUAUAUCGUCCACACCAGUGGAGAGAGACAUCAGCUGAAGCCCAAUGACCAUCCUUUGGCGCUCAGAGUUUUGCAAGGCCCUUGUGAACAGGUCAGCAAAAUGUUCCUAAUGGAGACGGACCAGGUGGAAGAGGUCACCCAUGAUGUGGCACAAUACAUCAAGUUUGAGCUUCCUGUUUUACAAAGCUUCAUUGCUAAGCUGCAAGAGGAAGAAGAAAGAGAGAUGCAGAAACUGAAGAAGAGGUACGCAGAUAUGCGCCGUAUCAUCAAGAAAUACAUGCGGUCUUUAUCUGAUUCAACUAACAUUACAUGAUGAAGCUGUGCAGGCAUGUAUCACUCGUGAACACAAUCCUCAAGGCACCAACAGUAGUGACAAAACAGUGCUGUCUCAGGAAAAGGAACAUAUUUUUAGUUCAAUUGGGCUUUUAUUGUCUUCACAUAAUAUAUAAUAUAAUAAUACAGCAGUAUCCAAAGGUACCAUGACUUUCUCUAAAUAAGCUUCAUUGGAUAAACCUUACUUAGCCUUCUUUUUUACAAAGGAAAGCAAAUGGGUCCAAAAAUGUAACAUUGUUUGACUUUCACUCAUGCACAAUGAUAAUAAUAAUAAGCCGUAAGAAUGGUAAUUCAAAAUUUGAUAAAAUGUAUAGCCC